GUUCUGCAUCUGCUUCCGCUGACGCUGCUGCCGAGUGGUUGCAAGUGCGCUCGCUGAUUGCGGCGUUUGAACUGUCUUAGUAGUUGAUAAACAUUGCUGGAAAAAUAAUAUUUUAUGUUUUCCAAAAGUUGUUGACAAUAAUACAUUGACAUAAAUAUGAAAACUAUCGAAGAACUUAACGGAUGUAUAAGCCGUAUGUGGUUAAGGUCACCAAUAGUAUGUCUCGCCUUGUUAUUAAUUCAUCUUAACCUCUCUUAUGGAUUGUAUGAAGAUCAAAUAGGAAAAUUUGAUUGGAGACAAAUGUAUGUGGGUCAUGUGAAAUUUGCUGAAUUUGACACUGUAUCGUCUGUGAAAAAAGUGUUUGUGUCUACAGAAGAAAAUGUGGUUGCUGCAUUGAAUUUAAAAUCAGGUAAUAUUAUUUGGCGACAAGUACUAGAGAAGAAAGAGCAAGGAACAAUACACUUUAUGAAUAUCACAUCUGAUGCAGUUAUAACAGUGUCUGGGACUAAUCCUGUCAAUGUAAGAGGAUGGGAUUUAAAUGGUGGAUUUUUAUUAUGGGAUUGGUCAUUUCCAUUGCAUGUUUUCAUCAGUAGUGAGGAAGAAAAUAAAUGGUUCUUAUCUGAUACAGAAUUGAAGCUGUAUCAUAUUUCACUUGGAUCUGAAAUAAUUGUGAAACCUUAUGAAUUAACUUCUGGCAAAGCACUUGAAGGUUCCAAACUUCCUCUUCCUCUUGCUUCAAAGCCAAGUUGUGUUGUUGCAGCUCCUUAUAUAGCUUGCAUAGAGAGUGUUGGUGGUAAUCCAAUCUUGCACACAGUAUCCAUAACUGCUAUCAACAGCAAACCUGUGAGCAAGCCUCUGAAACCUUUGAUAGAAAAUACUGAAGUUACCUUAGAAUCUGUUCAUGGAAGUCAACCAUUAGUAUCUGUAACAUCUUCUGGAAGUAAAGUUAAAUACCUAUUUCUUAUCGAAGAAACUGGAUCGAGAGUACUUCCAUAUCAAGUUGAAAGAAGUGCCAAACUUGUGCAAGAUUCUCUCAGGGAAAGCAAUAUUUUACUACAGUUGUUAUACACAAAUGAGUGGCUUGAUGUACUGACAUCAAAUCUUUUGACUGGUGAACCUAUUCCUGAUGUUACUUCGAGUUUGAAAUAUCCUCAUGAUCGCUUGGGUCCACCCACAGCAGCUGCGGCUGUUUGCACUCCCCGAAAGGAUAAAGGUUUAGGCUGCAGAGUGCUCUUUAGUACCACAGAUCAUGCUGUUGGAAUGUUUCAUUAUCCAGGAAAACUUAUAUGGGUUCGUGAAGAAGCAUUGGCAUCUGUUGUUGCUGUUGAGAUGUUAGAUCUUCCUGUGUCAGACACAGAAGCUGCUAUAGAAAAGGAAUUUGAUCACAAAGAAACAGUGGAUUUAGGAGUGUCCUCUGGAUUUGGUGGCAUGUUUACACAUCGUCUUCUGAGUCAAACUCUUCAAUUACGCCUACUCAUUCUUUCAAUUUUGGGCUUGGGAGAUCCUCCAUCAGCUGGACAGAGAGCUGGAUUGGUCCGUGAUGAAUUUGGCCUGCAUAAAAUGAUUGUAAUAGCCACUGGUGUUGGAAAGCUUUUUGGUAUUGACAAUUUGAGUGGAGAAAUUGUUUGGCGAAGACGUCUUGAAAAUGUUGCCAGUUAUUCCAGCCAGAAUCAGAUGAUUUUGUAUGUACAAAGAACUACAAGACAUUUUCCUCAUCCGGCCCAAUGUGCUCUUUUAGCCCGGCACAAGGUUUCUGGAGAAGGAGUUAUAUUCACUUUCAAUCCCAUUACGGGUCAACCAGCGGGAUCAGAAAGUGUUACACUACUGGGAUACCAAAUUCAACAGUCUAUGCUUUUGGCAUUUACAGAUGACAAUUUUCUGAGAGGAAUACUCUUACUUGAUCAGAAAGAACAGCUUCAUGUGCUUCCUUCAAGUGCUCACAGUGUUGCUGUUAAAUCUGCUGGAUCUACAUUUAUAUUUACAGCUGACAAAAACACUGGCAUUCUUGCUGGUUAUUCUUUGUUGUUCAGUAAUAGCCAGAAAUUAGAAGCAACAAGAGUUUGGGAAGUGAAAUUAACUCAAGGAAAUCAAAGACUGACAGCUGUAGUAAGCAAAAGUCCUGUAGAGAGAGUCCAUUCACAAGGACGAGUGUUAGGUGAUCGUAGUGUUCUUUACAAGUACAUCAACCCAAAUUUGGUUGCAGUUGUUACUCAAGGCUUUGAUCCUGUCCAUAAGAAUUUUCUUAACCUGUACUUGGUAGAUGUUGUGUCAGGAUCGGUUGUGUUUUCAAUAUCGCAUAAAAAAGCAAGAGAACCUGUUCACAUUGUUCAUUCGGAGAACUGGGUGUUGUACAGUUAUUUCAGUGAUAAGUCUCGACGAACAGAGAUUGUGACUCUGGAAUUAUAUGAAGGCAAGGUGCAGAGUAAUACUACAGCAUUUUCAUCUGUGGCCUCUCCAAUUCAACCUAUUGUAGAUCAGCAAGCAUACAUUCUUCCUGGAAAUAUUGUUGCAAUGAAAGAGACAAUAACUGAAAAAGGAAUAACCAGCAAACAUAUUCUAGUGGCUCUAGCUAAUGGUGGUGUUCUGGAGCUCCCUUGGAUGUUUGUUGAUCCACGACGACCAAUAACAGUUACUCCAGAGAUGAGAGAGGAAGGAGUCAUUCCAUAUAUGCCUGAAUUACCUGUGCCAUCGGAAUCAAUAAUAAAUUACAACCAAACAGUACAAAGAGUGCAGGGAAUUCAUACAGCUCCUAGUGGAUUAGAAUCAACCUGUUUGGUUUUAGUGUAUGGCUUAGAUUUGUAUUACACCAGAGUUGCUCCAUCAAAAACAUUUGAUGUUUUGAAAGAAGAUUUUGAUCACUUUCUUAUAUCAGCUGUUCUCCUUGGACUUACUGUUGUUUCUUACAUUACCAGAAAACUGGCAUCAAGAAAGGCCCUAAAACAAGCAUGGAAGUAGUGUUUAUUCUCGUAUUGUGUGAUUGAGAAAUCUAGAUAAAGGGCAGUGUGAUUGUUAGAAGGGAACUUCAAGAAAGACAAGAUAUAUUUGUUAUUUGUUAAUUUUUUAUCCAACUUUCAAUUUAAAAAUAUUUAUUAUUGAAAUGUGCAUUGUUGCAUUUUUGAUAUCCCUCCAGUGUUUGAGUAAUUUCAUCCUUGAGGAAUGUUAAAGAUUGGUUGUGAACAACGUUUCCUUUGAAUUAUGAGAUUUAUUGUUAAUUGCACCUUGGUUCUGUUUCCAAGGCUAUUUGAUUCCAAUUGUAAACCAUCCAGAAUAAUAGGUAUUAUAUUCUUUUACCUUACAGUAUCCCAUAUUGCAUGACAUCCUAGUCAUUUUGAUGUGUUAAAUCCUUGAUUUGUGUAAUCAGAUUGUAAAUUUUAAAGGUGAGUUGGAAGAUAAAAUAUUUGUUUGUUACAAAAAAUGCAUUUUCAUUUUGAAUUUCAGUGUGAUGUAUGAAUACAUUAGGAAUGGGAGGAAUUUGAAUUUUUCAUUUAAGAGCAUAAAACAAUUUAAUAUCACAACUAAACCUGCUGUCUUUCUUUAUUUCACUUUGAAGUUUGAAAACUGAUGGUAGCCACAAAUGAUUCAAAAAGGUAAAAUCCAAGGUAUCUCUUAAGAUAUUACUGAAGACAAACUACAAUCAAUGUCAUUUGAUCUUACCCUGCAUGAUACAUAAACUUAACAGUUUAUAAUAUCAGUUGAAAGAUGAGAAAAACAUCACAUAUGAAUACAUUUCACAUUUUGAAAGCUGGAUUUGUAUUCUAGGAUUUCAAGCACUUUCUUAUACCAAUGAAGCCAUAAAAGAUGGUAAUCUUUUAUUCUUUGAUACUUUUCAGGAUUUCAGCAGCUUCUUUCUUUGCCUGCAUAUCUUCAUCGGUCCUGGCUGGAUAAGCGGUUGUUAGUUUAAGAUAAUGGAUGGCUCUCUCUUUGUCCUUUAGUCUCAAAUAGGUCUUCCCAAGCAUCAACAAAUUAAGACUGCAAAAAAUAAAUCCAAUUUCUUCACAGAGCAAUAUCUUCAAAAUAUUCUUUAGUUCAAAAAUAUCCCAAUGAGGUUUUUGUUUUGAUUUAAUUUUUUAAUGAACAAACAUGAGUAAAUAGGUUUUAGGGGUUAAAAGAAUUAUAUGAAAAAAAUCCUAAUUUGAAAUUUUUAAUAUAGUUAACAGCUAGAUGAAAGCAAUACUGAAGUAUUUCAAUAAUUUCAUGAGAAUGAAGGGUUGAACACCAAAACUUAAAACCAAACAAACAAACAUAGGGUGUCCUCAUGAUUCUUGAGAUUUUCUUACAUGCAGGGAAGUAAUUCUCGGUUCACAUUUUUUUAGUACCAAUGGAGAUAGAACUUUUGUGACAAAAAGCUCUUUGAUGGUUGAUUUUCCAUUAUUGAUAUUGUGUUUAGUUCUGAAAGCAAGUACUAUAAAAGUUUGGAUCAACUUCUUCAGCUUUAAUAAAAUACUUUAAAGCUUCUUC